AUGUCCAGAGAAGGCGACGGUCUUCACCCGCCAUCAAUCGGCAUGGCGGCAGCACGCCCUUCUUUGUCAUCCAACAAGCAUAACGCCUCCAAUUUUGCUCCACUGUCUCUCCCAAGGUCAAUUCGCCUGUUGCGGAUCGUAGCUCUGUCUCCUGAAGCAGGAUCUCCUUCUCAGGAUCCUCCUGUCCUGGGAGUUUUCCUCGAACAAUUUCAUCUUGAUCAAUCUCCAGAAUAUCACGCAUUGUCAUACACGUGGGGAGAGGCGUGUCGGGCAGAUAUAGAAGACACUGAUGCUCCAGAGACUGCAAGUACGAACGGAUGCCCGACAAUCCUGGUUCUUGAAAAUACUCGUAGCCCAGGCGAGCCAACGAGUGAAGAUAAAUCCAGCCAAGCCAAUUUUCGGCCGCAAAGAAAACCUUACUUGAUCACCCAAAAUCUUCAAGAUGGCUUGCAACACCUUGCUAGGACGGUUUAUGCUGGGAAGUGGUUUUGGAUUGAUGCACUCUGUAUUGAUCAAGAGAACCUUAGCGAGAAGGCAAUACAGGUCGCAUUGAUGGGCGAGAUCUAUUCCAAAGCUUCGAAAGUGAUCAUCUGGCUCGGGUCGGAUACGAAAGACUUGGAGGAAGUCGAAUGGCUGUGUAAUGAUUAUCUGAUCGCCUUGUCUAAUUAUUACUUGACUUUCGGCAUGGAAGAUCUGAGAGCGCAGACCCCCUACAGUCCCAAGCUCUUGGCUCACUUGAAUCUUCAGCUUCCGCAUGGAGAUAUCCUCCUCUGCUGGGAGAAAUAUCUCGAAUUCUGCAGACGUAGGAGAUGGCUCUCUCGAAUAUGGAUCGUUCAAGAAGUUGCGCUUGCAAGAGACAUCGUUGUUGAGUGUGGUGAGACAUCACUUGUCUGGGACCACUUGCAGACUCUGGGUAGGUUGAUCAAAGCGCUAGGUUGGCAGCCAAUGACCGCUCCCAGUGUCAAUAAAGCCUUUGGAAGGGCCAUCUGCGACGAGGUCAUCAGACUCUUCUUGGUAAAGGACGACUUGGGUGCAGCAACGGAGAGAUUGAAGAAACGUGGAACAGUACAAGGCGAACUUGCCAAUUCUUUUGCCAACAGUCCAGACACUUCUGACCAAGAUGUCCAUCUAGAAUGGUACCGGUAUCUGCAAAGACUUCUCUACACCACUCGACCUUAUUCAGCUACCGAUGCUCGAGAUAAGAUCUUUGGUUUGCUGGGUAUUGCACAGACAGUCCUUCCCGUUGGUAUGCCAUUGCCUAUCCAGCCAGAUUAUUCUGAACACUCUACCGCUGUGUCAGUCUACACUUCAGUCUCAUCUAUGCUACUUGAGAAGGUCUCUAGGUCACAGAAUCUGUCAUUUGUCGAAGAUCCUGGAAGCCGCAUAAUUCAGGGUCUACCUUCAUGGGUUCCAGAUUACUCGGUCACCUUAAUCACUGCACCACUCACUUUGAUUCGUCAUCCAGAUCAUUUGUUUGACUGUUGUCCUGUCGAAGGGUCCGUGAUAACGCCCUUCACCAUUCAACAGAGUACGCUCGAGACAGAAGGAGCAGUCUUUGAUCACAUUGUAGCAUUUGGCCCACCAAUGUGGGAUGUGCUUAAGAAAUCCAACGUCAAAUCAUGCCUCGACAUGUGCAAGAACAUUGUUCAACCAUACCUCGAUACUAACCAAGACCCCUCUGAAGUGCUCUGGAGAACACUCAUAGCAGAUACCUACGCCAGCUUACCCGCAGCUCCCAGCAUACUCGCCUCCUUUAAAGCAUGGACACGAAGCCGAAUCGCACAAGAUCUAACACCAGACAUUAUCUCAACUGACGAAACAGGUGCACAAGUUACCAACGUACUCCUCAACGAAUCACAAAUUCGAGCCCAACUUUCCUUCGUACAGGACCUCCACGAUACUAUCCCUGCUCUCUCACUACCAACAGUGAACGAAGUCCUAGAUACAAUUCGCAUCACCCACCGCUUCAUGCUUCAAGAUUUCGUAGCGAGAUACGCAACUCUGGACCCGAACGACCCGUUCCCAUCGAGAUCGGAGCAACGUUAUCGGAUUGAAGCCGACGCUGGGGCAUAUCAUGAGGCUUUAGGCAUCUCGGCUCCUUUCCGGAGACUAUUUAGAACCGAACGAGGAUUCCUGGGCUUGGGACCACAGAGUGCGGAGGUUGGCGAUGGAAUAUGGUUGCUCAAAGAUGCUGCGGUGCCAUUUGUGUUGAAGGCGGGAGAUGAGGACGGGACGAUGAGGUUGGUUGGAGAGUGUUACUUGCACGGGUUUAUGGGUGGAAGGAUGGCUCAGGAGGUGGGAGGUAAGGUUGCGAGGAUUCGGAUUGUUUGAGCUUUCCGAGGGCAAUAUAGUCGGACCUAUUUACUUUUGGACUAUCAUGUCCUGAUCUGAUGGGUGCGAAUCGCCCUUGUUUUCUGGACCUCGUUCUCAUUAUUCGGGCUCGCUAUGGAUGCGGUUUGAACAGAGCGAGAACCUCGCUUAGCUUUGUAAACAAGAGCGCAUCUUCAGUAUAUUCAGCCCAUGACGAACGCCUGUGCUAUCAUAAUGAAAUUCAUCGCUAGUAUUGCAUAAGGUCUUCAAAAUAAAACAAUUCUCAAACCAUAUAAACACCCUUACAUAAAGCACUUCUCAAGUGUCAUCAAUCAUCUCUCCGC